UUUGGAUUUGAAUCUCCAGCGGGCUGCGACCGGAAGUGCCGACCCCUCUGCUAAACCAUGGAGCUCCCUGAUCCCCGCUUGCGGUGCCCUUUGCAAGAGCAGCGUGCCCGUUGGGAGCGGAAACGCACCUGCACCUCUCGGGAGCUGCUGGAGACAGAGCGACGCUACCAGGAACAGCUGGGGCUGGUGGCCACGUACUUCUUGGGGAUUCUGAGAGCCAAGGGGACCCUGCGACUCCCAGAGCGUCAGGCCCUGUUUGGGCCAUGGGAACUCAUCUACGGUGCCAGCCAGGACCUGCUUCCCUACUUGGAAGGAGGACACUGGGGACAGGGCCUGGAGGGCUUCUGCUCCCACCUGGAGCUCUACACCCAGUUUGCUGCCAACGCUGAGAGGUCCCAGACCACCCUGCAGGAGCAGCUUAAGAAAAACAAGCGUUUCCGAAGGUUCGUGCGGCUUCAGGAAGGACGUCCGGAGUUUGGGGGUCUUCAGCUCCAGGACCUGCUCCCUCUGCCUCUGCAGCGACUCCAGCAGUAUGAAAAUCUCGUCAUUGCUUUGGCUGAAAACACAGGUCCCAACAGCCCUGACCACCAGCAGCUCACACGUGCUGCUCGGCUGAUAAGUGAAACUGCCCAGCGGGUCAAUGCUAUUGGUCAGAGACAAAAGAAUGACCAGCACCUUCGGCGUGUCCAGGCUCUGCUCAGUGGAUGCCAGGCAAAGGGGCUUACCUCAGGGCGCUGGUUCCUACGGCAGGGCUGGCUGCUGGUGGUGCCUCCCCGUGGGGAACCUCGGCACCGAAUGUUCUUCCUCUUCACUGAUGUGCUCCUAAUGGCCAAGCCUCGACCUUCAUUGCACCUGCUGCAGAGUGGCACCUUUGCAUGCCGCGCCCUCUACCCCAUGGCUGAGUGUCAACUCCAAAGGGUUUUUGGCCACUCAGGAGGCCCUUGUGGUGGACUACUCAGUCUGUCCUUUCCCCAGGAGAAGCUACUACUUAUGUCUCUAGACCAGGAGGAGCUGUCACGCUGGUAUCACAGUCUGACGUUGGCCAUCAGCAGCCAGAAGAAUGAUUAG